AUGGAAGAAGCUUUGAGGAGGCUUAACGGAAUGAGCUCUCCAGACCCCAACCCUACCGCCACCAACCCACUUCACCACCACCACGGCGUCCCCACCACCACCGCCGCCAAGAGGGCCAUGAAGGAAGCCGCCACAUCCACCGGCACCAUGAGGUACCGUGGGGUUCGGAGGAGGCCGUGGGGCCGGUACGCAGCCGAGAUACGUGACCCGCAGUCCAAGGAAAGGCGGUGGCUGGGCACCUUCGACACCGCCGAGGAAGCCGCCUGCGCCUACGACUGCGCCGCCAGAGCCAUGCGCGGCCUCAAGGCCCGCACCAACUUCGUCUACCCUUCUCUCCCUCCCACUCCCACUCCAACCCACAACCACAACGACACCACCACUUUCCCGCCUUUCAGCCAUUUCUCCAAACACCUCUUUGCCGCCACCACUCGCCCCAACCACAACCACAACCAUUCCUUCUCUUCCUCCCUCGCCAGCUGGACACCGCACCCACUCCUCGCCUCCUCCGACCACCACCACCACCACCACCACUUCGCCGCCACCUCACCUCCCCCGGCCCAAAGGAGGCGCAACAAAGCCCCCGCUCCUUCGGCUGACUUCCUCCAUUUCCCCGAGAGAGCCGUCACCGUGGCGAUCGCUCCUCCUUCCUCCGCUCCAUCCGCCACGCCGGAACAUGUUGAGGAGGAGGAGGAGGAGUAUCUGGAGUUCUUCCCUCAGGAGCCAUCUGGGUCGGGGCUGCUCCACGAAGUCGUCCGGGGGUUCCUGCCCAAGCCGGAGAAGAAGCCUUCCACCACCGGUUCUCAGCAGGCGGCGGCGGGCAAGAGUGAAAUGGUGACGGCUUCCUCGUACUAUGACAUGGGAAGGUACGAUGAGCAAGUGUUGGGCAUGGCGGCUGCUGAGAAUCGUGUUGGGUAUGGGAACUUGUACGACAGUUAUUAUCAUCGUCAGGAGGAGGAUAACUAUGCUACGACGACGCCGUACUAUCCGUAUUAUCCGUCGGAUUUGGUCAGCGCGCUGGCGGCCAGGGGUCAUCACAACUACGCGUGUGAUUACUAG